CGGAAGUUAGAAAGGUCGCUGGCGGAAUCACGCUCGUGUACUGAACUGUAUAUGAGAUACAUAUUCCUCCUGUGUGCACUUACUGUAGAGGAGCGCUGUGUGGAGCGGUUAUAACCUGUGUAGGGAAACCCAUCUCCACCGGGUUUAUGUAAUUAACAGCUUUUAUCAGCGGCAACUUUUUUUCUUGAUUAUAUGUCUAUUCUUUUAAUUAUAUGCAUUUGUUUAUUUAUUGGUGUCGGUGUCGUUUUUUUUGCCAGUAAACACAUGACGGAACAAGGACGCUACCGGGAAGGACACGUAGGACACAUCAGUGUGGGACAGGUUUUGGUGACAUUUGGGAGUGCCGAUAACCUGUCUGGGUGUGAAAGGAGAUAACGAGGGAAAAGGCAGUGUGUAGCUGCCAAACACAGAUAAUGUUUAGUAGCCGUUAGAAACUGUGAGUCGCCUGGCUCAUGAUAGGCUUUUCUUCUCUGAAGAUGCCAGGAGCCGAAGCGGUGCCUUGUGAAUUGGGUCAUAACUACCAAAAGAUAUGAGUGUGAACUUGUUAGCGUAGGAAACCCGGACUACAAUAAUGUUUCUGCACUCUUUUGAAUGUGCUUUGAUGAUGACCGCCACUGAGUGAAGUGGACCAAAUCUAAAUCUUCAGUUCAGCUUACUUCCUCUAAAUGUCUGCAGUAACAAUGUUGCAGAUGUCGAGAUUCGCUACCAGGAAACUGUUACAGCAGUGGAACUUCAACUGCAAACGUCCUGUAAGACUUAACCAGCUAUCUGGUCUGACCUCCAUGAGAUCUCAUAGAAAAUCUGUCUGUAAAACUGUACUUGAAGGAUCCCUUUUUUCUCACGUCCGACUGGGAGAAACUUUAGGUCCGCAUUGUGUUUGGAAACACUUCAGGGCCUCCCCUUCAUUUACUUUUUACAGCACGUCCACAAACUCCAAGGGGCAAGUAGCAGAGCAUGCUGGAACUAAAGUCAAGACAAACGACAAACCGAAAAAGAUAUCCACAGAUGACUUCAAGAAGUUAUUAGAGCUUGCUUAUCCAGAGCGCCGGAGGCUUACAGCUGCUAUGAGCUUCUUGAUUGUCUCCAGUGCUGUCACCAUGUCUGCUCCAUUUUUCCUGGGUAAAGUGAUCGACACUGUGUACACAAACUCAUCUGCAGACUUUAGUGCCUCCCUGACCUCCCUGUGCAUCAUGCUGGCAGGGGUUUUCCUGUGUGGUGGUGCUGCCAAUGCUGCACGUGUAUACCUUAUUCAGGUCUCAGGGGAGCAGAUUGUGAGAAACUUACGUGCAUCCCUUUUUUCCUCGAUUUUGAGGCAGGAGGUGGGAUUCUUUGAUAAGACUCGCACUGGUGAGCUCAUCAAUCGCCUUUCAUCAGACACUGGACGAGUUGGAAGUGUGCUCACGGACAACAUGUCUGAUGGUCUACGGGCAGUUGCUCAGGCUGGAGCUGGAGUUAGCAUGAUGUUCUAUGUGUCACCCAGUCUUGCCACCUUUGUUCUAAUGAUUGUACCUCCUAUGGCGGGCUUGGCAGUCAUCUAUGGAAGAUACGUGCGCUCCAUAUCUAAACAAACACAGGAUGCGCUGGCACAGGCUACACAGCUGGCAGAAGAGAGGAUCAGUAAUUUACGGACAGUUAGAGCAUUUGGUAAAGAGCUGACAGAAGUGCAGGCCUACUCAGAAAAGGUGGAUGAUGUUUUCAAACUGGCUAAGAAGGAAGCAGUUCUUACUUCUGGGUUCUAUGGAGUGACUGGCCUGAGUGGUAACAUGAUUAUCCUGAGUGUGCUGUAUAAAGGUGGGCUACUGAUGGGUGGUGAGCACAUGACAGUUGGAGAGCUCUCCGCCUUUCUUAUGUAUGCCUUUUGGGUGGGCAUUAGCAUUGCUGGCCUGAGCUCAUUCUAUUCAGAGCUAAUGAAGGGGUUUGGAGCUGGCACACGUGUGUGGGAACUGAUGGAGCGGAAACCAGAAUUUCCUCUCAAUGAGGGACUUGUACUGAGACCAGAGCAACUGAAGGGAGCUCUCGAGUUCCAUAAUGUGUCAUUUGCUUACCCAACAAGGAAGGAUGUCCCUAUCUUCCGGAACUUGAAUCUCUCUUUGCCAGCUGGUUCAGUAAUCGCAGUUGUGGGGUCAAGUGGCUCUGGAAAAUCUACACUUGUGUCUCUUUUGCUUCGACUGUAUGAUCCAGACUCAGGUAUGGUAACUGUUGAUGGCCAUGACAUCCGGAAUUUGAAUGCCUAUUGGCUGCGGAGUCAUAUUGGAACUGUAAGCCAGGAGCCAGUCCUCUUCUCAUGCUCAAUUGCUGAGAACAUUGCCUAUGGAGCAAUAGAUCCCAGUCAGGUCACAUCAGAGGACAUUGUUCGAGCUGCACAGAUUGCUAAUGCUCAUGACUUCAUUAAUGGAUUCCCCAAAGGCUUUGACACUGUUGUUGGAGAGAAAGGAGUACUACUGUCAGGUGGACAGAAACAAAGAAUUGCUAUUGCAAGGGCCUUGCUUAAGAACCCCAAAAUACUGUUACUCGACGAAGCCACAAGUGCUCUGGAUGCAGAGAAUGAGUUCCUGGUGCAAGAGGCUCUGGAGCGGUUGAUGCAGGAACGUACAGUGCUUGUCAUUGCUCACCGACUCUCCACCAUCCAGAAUGCAGAUGCUGUAGCUGUGUUGGACCAGCAACACAUAGUAGAGUGUGGUCGUCAUGCCCAACUUCUUACCAACCAAAAUGGUCUCUUCCGCAAGCUCAUGGAGAAACAAGCCUUUUUAAAUGCUGACCAGAAAUUGGCUCUUGCCAAAUAGAAGAAGACUUCAGAAGAAAGUACUAAUGAAAAUGAAAGUGUGUGUAAACUGAUAUGCUGUGUCAAAAGAAGCCGUAGUUAAUAUAAUUGUAUUUGAGUGCCUAUUUGCAAUUUAAACAACCAGUCAAAGGAUUUUGUAUAGAAAGAUUCUCUUUAUUUUGAAUAUUAAUUAACACAUUUUCCUUCAUGAUCUAACUAUUUAUUUAUGUAGUUAUCACGAAACGUGUUUAACAAAUCCAGACAAUUUUAUAUGUAAAAUUUGUAGCAUUCCUGAUUAAGCUGUACACAUUUCUCAACCAGUUUCCUAGGUUUGGAGGUGUUUCUAACUGCUUCCAAACAGGCUGAACAAUUGUUGCCUGCUUCUUUUACAUUCUAAACAGGAAUUACUUGUUUAGGGGGAACAAUAUUUACUAAAAACUUCAAGUACAUUUUUAUUCCAAAUUUUUAAAUAUUCAUUUUGAAACAGAUUUCAACUUCAAGGUUUUUCAAGCAUAAUAUACUUGCUUUCUAUCCUAAUUUGUUAAUUUACCAAUCUCCUCCAUCUCAGUCCUAAACUUCUUUAAGACAUUGAAAAAUGUGUAUUCAAAUGAGUGUGUACAAACCUUUGACUGGAAGUAUGUGUUUACUCGUUUAUGUGAACACCAAUAUAGGUACAAAUGUGUAACAAACACAAAGGACUACUUAUGUAAGUCACUGCCACUUUACAUGCAGUAUAACUGGAAGUUGUUAUAUUUUUAGAAACAUUGAUCAUGCCAUUAUGCUUUUGUGAUAUUUGUUUAACAGAGCAAUCUAAUAUUAUAUACCCUUUCAUAGAGUAGAAAUGUUCCUUGUAAAACUGUCAGGACCAUAACCAUUCUAAUCAUACAGUAAUGUGUCUUUCCAUGCCCUCUUUGUAUUUAUUAUUAUUUUAUUACAUUGUUAUUGUGGAUUCAGUUUUACUGUAUGUAUUGAAAUUUUUGACAAUGUUUGCCUAAACUGUGCUAUUUCAGGUUAUGAAAAAAUCAGCUGGUUAGUACUGGAUCAAAGACCUGUACAUUGCUUAAAUAUGUGGAAAAACAAUCAGCUGCUAUACAGGGCGUAUAGAAGAACUUUUGUUUGAAGUCAUUCUUCAAACUGCUGGCCUUCCAAAGGACCACCAAAGAUAAAAAUAACCUGAGAUAUGAAUCUGCAAACAUACACCAUUAUAGAAAUAAGUCUGCAAUCAAAUAUAUGUUUUGUAUGUAUGGUGAACAGAAUAUAUCUUUUAAAAACUGUAGAUAUAUAAUGUAAGGUUUGAUAUAAUUAUGAAAAUUCUUUAUAUAAAUAAACUACUGAGUGAAUGUA